AUGUCCAACAGCGAGCCAUAUCGGAUAUCUAGCUCAUCCAUUGAAAUGGAGAACGAAAGUGAUUUUUCGCACAAGCCACCGAUACCAGACUGGUGGAAGGCCCUAAACCCCCAAAAGUUCCCUAUACAGGCCUUGCUAUUUCGUGCACUCUGCUUGAUCUCGGUAGCAAGACCCUCCGUUGACCAGUACUGGCAGUCUUUCACGGACGAUGACAAAUGGGAGAAACAACAGAAGAGGAUCAUCAAUAGACUGUGUAACACUAACAUAGUGGCGGGCUUGGUAUACUCUCGGUAA